UCUCACGGCUCACUGCUGGUCAUGGCGCUGCGGACUGUCCGAAACUUACCGUGCUUUUUAAGUGUACUCUGCGUGUUUCUCCUCAGCAGUGGCCCAAACCCGGUGCUGUCCUGUCCGAGCCGCUGUUUGUGUUUUCGUACCACUGUCAGAUGUAUGCAUUUAAACCUGGAAACUGUACCCGCGGUUCUCCCUCAGACCACCAUCCUAGACCUAAGAUUCAACAAAAUCAAGGAUUUACAGCCGGCAUCCUUCAGACGAUUAAAGAACCUCAAUACACUGCUUUUAAAUAACAAUCACAUCAGAAGAAUCCCAAGAGGAGCCUUUGAAGAUUUGGAAAACCUCAAAUAUCUCUAUUUGUACAAGAACGAAAUCCAGUCCAUAGACCGGGAAGCCUUUAAGGGACUCGUGUCUCUAGAACAACUAUACCUGCACUUCAACAACAUUGAGUCGUUGGAGCCAGAAUCUUUCUCUCAUCUACCAAAGCUUGAGCGUUUAUUUUUGCACAACAACAGAAUAACUCAUCUUGCAUUAGGAACCUUUUCCAAUUUGCAGUCCAUGAAGAGGCUGCGCCUGGACUCAAACACGCUGAACUGUGACUGUGAACUGCUGUGGUUGGCCGAUCUGUUGAAGCAGUACGCAGAGUCCGGUAACGCUCAAGCCGCUGCGACGUGCGACUUUCCCAGCCGCUUACAGGGACGCUCGGUCGCAACUUUAACUGCGCAAGAGCUCAACUGCGAAGUGCCCCGGAUCACAUCAGAGCCGCAGGAUGUUGACGUAACCUCCGGGAAUACCGUCUACUUCACCUGCAGGGCAGAGGGCAACCCCAAACCACAGAUCAUCUGGCUCAGAAACAACAAUGCUUUGAACAUGAGGGAUGACACUCGUCUGAAUCUUCUGGAAGAUGGAACUCUGAUGAUCCAGGACACACGCGAGACGGACCAGGGUGUAUAUCAGUGCAUGGCCAAAAAUGUGGCCGGAGAGGUGAAGACUUCUGAGGUCACCUUGCGAUACUUCAGGUCACCUUCUCGGCCCAGUUUUGUGAUCCAGCCACAGAACACUGAGGUGCUGGUGGGGGAGAGCGUGACCCUGGAGUGCAGCGCGACGGGUCAGCCACAGCCCCGGAUAACCUGGACUAAAGGAGACCAAACGGCCCUGCCGGUGGACCCCCGCAUCAACAUUACACCUUCCGGCGGUCUUUACAUUCAGAGUGUCAAUCAGGCUGAUGGAGGACAGUACGCCUGCUUUGCGAGCAACAACAUUGACACCAUCCAUGCCAAUGCGUAUAUUAUAGUACAAGCUCGUCCACAGAUCACGGUGACCCCUCGGGAUCAGUCAGUGUUGGAGGGUCACACAGUCGAUUUUCCCUGUGAGGCCAGCGGUUACCCCCAGCCGGUCAUAGCGUGGACGCGUGGCGGCAGCCCUCUGCCCAAUGAAAGAAGACAUGUCAUCCUGUCGACGGGCAGCUUGCGAAUCAGUCGCGUGGCCCUUCACGAUCAGGGCCAGUAUGAAUGCCAGGCGGUCAGUCCGGUUGGCACUGCCAGGGCAGCUGUUCAGCUAAACGUUCUUCAGACCGUAACGCCUGUUUUCACAAAUGCUCCAAGGGAUUUGACCGUGGAGUCUGGAUCAGAUGUCCAGAUUCCAUGCAGUGCUCAGGGCGAGCCCACACCUAUCCUCACGUGGAGCAAGGAUGGAGUGCAGAUAACUGAGAGCGGGAAGUUUCAUAUCAACCCUGAGGGUUAUCUGGAAGUUCACGACGUGGGGCUCGCCGAUGGGGGAAGAUACGAGUGUGUAGCUCGUAACUCCAUUGGCUAUUCCUCAUCCAGCAUGGUGCUAACCGUUCAAGUACCACAGGUGAGCAGGGAGGGCGAUCCAUACGUCUCCACGUCCCUCGAAGAGGCCAUUCGGAGCAUAAACAGCGCGAUAGACUCCACGAGGAGGCAACUCUUUGACGGAUCUCCCCGUACCCCCGCCGAGCUGCUGGCUCUGUUUCGUUACCCCCGGGACCCCUACACUGUGGAGCAGGCCCGAGCGGGAGAGAUUUUUGAGCAGACGUUACUUCUCAUUCAGAGGCAUGUCAACCAGGGCCUCAUGGUGGACACGAAUGGAACCGCCUUCCGCUACAAUGAUCUGGUGUCACCACGUUUCCUGGAUAUGAUCGCCAACUUGUCUGGCUGCCAGGCCCAUCGACGCUUUAACAACUGCUCCGAUAUCUGCUUCCACCAGAAGUAUCGCACCCACGACGGCACCUGCAACAACCUUCAGCACCCAAUGUGGGGCGCGUCCCUCACCGCCUUCGAACGCUUGCUAAAGCCCGUCUACGACAAUGGUUUCAAUCUCCCACGCGGGACCACCGAGAGAUGGCACAACGGCUUCCCUCUGCCGCUCCCGCGCCUGGUGUCCACCACAAUGAUCGGCACGGAGACCAUCACCCCUGACGACCGCUAUACACAUAUGCUCAUGCAGUGGGGCCAGUUCUUGGACCACGACCUGGAUUCCACCGUCGUAUCCCUUAGCCAGUCACGUUUCUCUGAUGGACAGCUGUGCACCUCGGUGUGCACCAACGACCCUCCUUGCUUUCCCAUUAUGUUCCCGCCGAACGACCCACGGCAGCGGCGCAACGGAGCACAUUGCAUGUUCUUCGUGCGGUCCAGUCCAGUUUGCGGCAGCGGAAUGACGUCUCUGCUUAUGAACUCGGUGUAUCCACGUGAACAGAUGAACCAGCUUACCUCCUACAUCGACGCUUCCAACGUAUACGGUAGCUUGAAGCACGAGACAGAAGAGGUCCGGGACUUGGCCAGCCACAGGGGAAUGUUACGUCAGGGUAUUGUUCAACGCACCGGUAAGCCGCUGUUGCCGUUCGCCAUCGGGCCACCAACGGAGUGCAUGAGGGAUGAAAACGAAAGUCCCAUCCCUUGCUUCCUAGCCGGCGAUCACCGUGCCAAUGAGCAGCUUGGGUUGACGGCCAUGCACACGGUUUGGUUCCGCGAGCAUAAUCGCAUUGCUAGCGAGUUGCUACGUCUCAACCCUCACUGGGACGGGGACACCAUUUACCACGAGGCCAGGAAAAUCGUUGGGGCUGAGAUGCAACACAUCACUUACAGCCACUGGCUCCCUAAAAUCCUCGGCGAGGCUGGAAUGAGACUCAUGGGUGAUUAUAACGGCUACAAUCCCAACAUUAACGCCGGUAUCCUCAACGCUUUCGCCACCGCCGCCUUCCGGUUCGGCCACACGCUCAUUAAUCCCAUUCUGUACCGUUUAGACGAGAACUUCCAGCCGAUCCAGCAGGGACACAUCUCACUGCAUAAAGCUUUCUUCUCUCCUUUCCGCAUUGUGAACGAGGGAGGCAUUGAUCCGUUGCUUCGCGGCCUGUUCGGAGUAGCGGGGAAAAUGCGUGUGUCCACGCAGCUGCUAAACACGGAGCUCACGGAACGUCUAUUCUCAAUGGCGCAUGCUGUGGCACUCGACCUCGCCGCCAUGAACAUUCAAAGGGGGCGUGAUCACGGCAUCCCAUCGUAUAAUGACUACCGGUUGUUCUGCAACCUCACAUCCGCUCAGACGUUUGAGGAUCUGAGGAAUGAGAUUCAGAACCCCAGCGUACGUGAAAAGCUUCAAAGACUCUAUGGCACGCCUCUGAAUAUCGAUCUGUUUCCUGCUCUGAUGGCUGAAGAUCUGGUGCCCGGCAGCAGACUGGGUCCAACUCUCAUGUGUUUACUAGCCACCCAGUUUAAACGGCUGAGAGAUGGUGACCGGUUUUGGUAUGAGAACCCAGGCGUCUUCAAUCCAGCACAGUUGACUCAGUUGAAGCAGACGUCUCUCGCCCGGGUGCUGUGUGACAAUAGUGACAACAUCACCCGCAUCCAGUCGGAUGUCUUCAGUGUGGCAGACUUCCCUCACGGCUAUGGAAGCUGUGAUGACUUGCCCAAGAUUGACCUGCGGAUGUGGCAGGACUGCUGUGAAGACUGCCGCACUAAAGGUCAGUUCAACGCCCUGUCAUACCACUUCAGAGGUCGUAGGUCAGCGGAGCAAAGCUAUGCUGAAGAGAGACCUGACAGUAGCUUCACAAAUAACCACAGCACGUUGGAAGAGGCUCAAGUUACAAUAAACACAAGUGUAUCAGCACAGUCAAGCACUGAACCUUCAAUAAAAGAUUUCCAGGACUUUGUAACAGACAUGCAGAAAACUAUCACAAGUUUACGAAAACAGAUUAAAAGACUUGAAGGCCGUCUGAGCAAGACCGGCUGCACUGAUGAGGAGGGAAGAGAACGAGAAGAUGGAAAAAGCUGGAAGAAGGAUCACUGCACCGUGUGUCAGUGUAAAGAGGCCCAGGUGACGUGUUUCGUGGAGAAGUGCCCGCGGGUGGUAUGCGUGAAUCCCGUGACACCCAAAGGCUCGUGCUGCCCCAUGUGUCUGGAUGACCAGCAUCACGUGAAACCUCAGGACGCUUGACAGAUGUGACCUUGAGCUUUUUAGUCAUCUUUCAGGGUUUUUUUAUAUUGUUUAUGUAUUGGUAUUUUUUAUAUCCCCCACAACUAAACACACUUUAAACUGCCUGUAAGUAUUUGAAUGGACAGAUGGAUGAAUGUGGGACCGUGUCUCCCUCCCUCAGGCCCACCGGCCUCAGAUGACCCCCAGAGUCCAUCUCUGGACCUGUUGUCUUUCAGAAGCAUUCUCAGAUGGGAGAUGCUCAAGAACUGGUGCUAUUUUACUCCAUUUUUGUUUUGUGCGUUUUAUUGUUUCGCAAUAUAAAAUGCAUCGUAUAUACACUCAUUAUGUGUUUUUGAGAACCACAUUUGAGCGAAAGCCGAUUCGUGGUUACUCGAAAGAAUUGUAAAGCGUUUAUUCCUGCGUUAAGGGUUAAUGAUGCCAAGUAUCAUAUUCAGAAUAGAAUUUCCCGCUUUGUAUCUUUACGUGAAGAAUAAUGUGAAAAAUAUUUGCGAUGGGGAAAAAACGCUACUGAUCACCAAAUGUUUGCUUCCCUUGGCUUUUCCGUUGCGGGUUACCGGAGACUUCGGCGCCUGUUUGCUUUUCCUUCGAACGAUGGAUGUUUUGGGUUUGGUAUCUUUAUUUCAGCAUCUGAGGUAGAAGGUUUGGGAAGAGCCCUGCGGACACGUGACGUUACUGUACGUUCCUCAUCGACCAGCACAGUAUUUAUGUCCUCGUGUUCUGAAUGAAGGUCCAGAUGUUUCCUCCAGUGUUCAUCUAAAGGAUGUAAACAAUUGUGCCUCGUCACAAUACAUCACUUGAAGCGUACACACAUCUCCAUACUCUUUCAUCCAGACUCGCUUUAUAUUUACAUCCGCUCGAUUGUACAAAAGCGUGCUGUGCUUUUGUGUCUGAAAUAAAAGCCAUAUGAAAGAGAUGCGGGGGGGCUGUGAUGGCCAAAUAAGCCCCUUCUCUCUAGACUACUGCCCCUUUUGAAACAUUCCCUUGCAUUCUGGUUAAACAUCAGAAGCGUGUUAGACGUCAGAUAACCAGAAUCGCGGUUUGGUUUGUGUGCUUAUGGUCAAUGAAUGUUUUGUUAUACUCAUCAUUCAUGUCUCUUAUGCGACAUCGAGGUUGUGUCCAUGUCAGGGUUUUAGUACUCCCAAAUGGGAAUUUGAUUACUUCCUUCCCUCCUCGAUGAUCAUACAACCCCCCCAAAUCAAACUGCGCCCACCUGCCAUGGAAUGCACUGCCCAGCAGGACUGAAUACGCUCGAGUGGUCAAUGUGAUUCUUAUAUUUUGUCAUUUUGCCAAAGACUGUUUGCACUGUAAUGUAUGCAUUUCGACAAUAAUAAAAUGACCACAUAAUAAACAACAACUGUUAACUUAUAUUUUCAGAAGUAAUGUACGGCGAAUCGGGCACAGUCGGCAUUGCUUUAGACCUGAGGAAUGAGUUUGAGUUUCUGCAGCAGGUUCAUGGCACAGUCAUGUAUGUAACAUGAUAUAAACAAUACACGCAAGCAUGUGUGACCUAUCAUGUUGGUAUUUAGCAGUAAUGAAUUCAGAAUGAUGUAUGCACUAUAUACAAUGAUCAAACAUAUAGCAAUUGUAUGUUCGUAACAUGCCACUCAAUGUGCCACUCAGUCAACAGCUCAAAU